AUAUGUAAGUGUUCACAUCUUCAUGCUUUGUUUUUGCAUAUAAUGUUUUUUGUCCACUACUUUUCUUCUUCUUCUUCUUCUUGAAUGAUAUUUGCUUUUGACACCCCCCAAAGCAAUAAGAAAAACACACACAAAAUGGCUUCGGUGCAUAAUAUUCAAGGUCUAACAGAAGAAGAAUACAAAGAACUCGAACCAAUCAUAAAAAAAUACCACAUAUUAGAACCAACCUCAAACACAUGCACUUCAAUCAUAACCUACAAAAUAGAAGCACCAUCAAGCAUAGUGUGGCCAUAUGUUAGAAGCUUUGAGAAUCCACAAAAAUACAAACAUUUCAUCAAAGGUUGCAACAUGAAAGGUGAUGGAAACGUUGGUAGCAUUAGAGAAGUUACCGUUGUUUCGGGUUUACCGGCUUCGACAAGUACCGAAAGAUUAGAGAUUUUGGAUGAUGAAAAACAUGUAAUAAGUUUUAGAGUUGUUGGUGGUGAACAUCGUCUUCAAAACUAUCGUUCGGUUACUUCGGUUAAUGAGUUUGUCAACAAUGAAGGUAAGGUUUAUACUAUUGUUUUGGAAUCUUAUAUUGUUGAUAUUCCACAUGGGAACACUGAAGAAGAUACCAAGAUGUUUGUUGACACUGUUGUCAAGCUUAAUCUUCAGAAACUUGGAGUUGUUGCUAUGAGUUCAUGUUCUUCCAUGCAUGGACAAUAAUAUAUAAUCAAUAUUUGAUGUUUUAGUUUAUUUUAGGAUCAUCCAUUUAUGGACUCUUUAUGUUCAAGUUCAAUAGUUGUUACUAAUUAGUAUUAAGUAUUAUAAUGCA